AUGGAACUUCACCAUGACUUCAAUGACACAAAUGAUCCAGAGGCAUAUCCGCCUACGCCGCAUCCCGUGGGUUUGUGGCUCGAAGAGGAGGAUGAUAUGCAGAUGGCGAAGGACGCAUCUGGCGAGAUGCCUGCUCCCGAGGAUUCCAACGAUGCUUUGCUCCAUGGUGGCACGCAGGAGCCUAUGCACCUCGACCACGUAAAUUUUCUCGGCAAGUCUACUCGGGAGGGCUCGAAAGCCACCCCCAUGAAUGGCAACGUUAACAGGAAGACGCUGCUGCGAGAUGACCUAUUCGAAGGUCAUCCCGACCACGAGCGGCUGCUGGGCCAAGUUGAGGGCAUGAUUGUUGGGCGACAUGUGCUGGUGAAAGGGCAGUACCCAGCUCACAACUACAAGCUCUGCGGUACGGAGAUGUCAUCCGCUCUGCUUGCUGAAGUUGACGGUCAUGCUCUGGAUCCAGCUAGGGGUGCAGGAGCAGAGAAACCGGCCGCAAGCCACAUCGACGGAAAAAUUCCAGACUCAGUGAGCAAGGACUCUGGUCAGCUGGUUGCCUUGGAAAACGCCCAGACGACUUCAGAUGGCGUGCGAGCAGUGGAUGCCAAAGAAGCUGAAUUUGCUGAAGGAUCUCCCUUCGGAUCUCCCUUCGGAUCCAGUCCCUUCUCGGAUGUCCCCUCUGACUUGUCUGAAUGGGAAGUCGAGGAUCAGGUCAAGUCCUCAUAUCGCGCGGAAACCCCGGUAGCGGACCUGGAGCAUGAGGCUGAGAUUGCAAGCCAUGAGAACCGCGAGGAUGACUUAAAGCGCUCCACAAAGACGGAGGCUCGUAGCGGUAGCAUUGAUUCCGCCGUCGAUGUCCCAGCCAAGAGGCGGUCUACGCGGCUCUUCUUGAAGAAUUAA